AUGAUGCAAGAACCUAUUGGUAUACCUGCUUGUUUUUCAUCGAAUGAUAAGGAUUCAGCCACCAUAACAAGAUCAGGUCAAAGUGUUUUCAUGUCAGUAUAUCAAACUAAAGUAGCAGGCCAAUGUCGUCUGAUUACAGUUUCGUGGUGCAAGAAUUUAUUACUCCAUGGUUUAUCAGUUUCCAUUGAAGGACCAAAUGGUGAGACUCAAUACAAUUGUAAAGUUGAGCUCAAACCAUGGUAUUUUUGGAAAAAACACGGUUCCAGUCGAUUUCAAGUCGAAGGUAAAACCGUUUCAAUCUAUUGGAAUCUUAGAACUGCUAAAUUCAAUGGAGAAACUGAACCACAAUCAGAUUAUUAUGUCGCGGUUGUUUGCGAUAACGAAGCUGUAUUAGUUCUUGGUGAUAGAAAGAAAGAUGCUUAUAGAAAGACAAGUUCAAGACCAGCAUUGAUUGAACCAAUACUAGUCUCGAAAAAAGAACAUAUUUUUGGCAAGAAAAAAUUCUCUACCAGAACUAGAUUUCAUCAGAAAGGUCGAGUGCAUGAGAUUUCUAUCGAGUGCAACAACAACAACAAUAGCUGCAGCGGUAGCAGCAAUAGUAAUAGCAGUGAUAACAGCACUUCUUCUUCGUCGUCUAAUGGUGGUAGCGGUGGAUUUGAGCCAGAAAUGGAGAUAAAAAUAGAUGGGAAAUUAGCAAUUCAUGUCAAACAUCUGCAAUGGAAAUUCCGGGGUAAUGAAUCAUUAUCUAUUGAUAAAGUCAGAGUAGAAGUAUAUUGGGAUGUUCAUGAUUGGUUAUUUAGUCCUGGUUUAAGACAUGCAUUAUUCAUAUUCAAACCAACUUCCGUACCAUCAUCAGCAAUUACAUCAUCUCCGCCUUUAAUAUCAUCUUCUUCGUCUACAACAACGCCACUUUCAAUGCAAACACCGGGGAGUUCCGUUUCAGUCAAAGACCCUCAUCGAUACGAUACCAAUAUCGAUAACAACGAAAAUUGUUCAUCGGGUUAUUCUUUGUUUCUUUAUGCUUGGAAAGUUGAAUAA